AUUUAAAUAGCUACACCAACCAGCCUUGGUUGGUUGAACAAAAUGGCAACGUAUGGUGACGAGCCAGUCGAUAGCUAUUUCUACUCAUCUUACAACCCUUACACAGGCAGAUACCACAGGCCUAAAGACGCGGGGUGGAAAUAUAAAAGUUACCUCUCUCACUAUGGCGACGCCUCUGACGCCUUCAACAACCACCAGCGCGCCCAGCUGAAGUCCAUCUUAUCUCAGAUCAAUCCAAAACUCACCCCGAGGCUCAGGAAGGCGAACACCAAAGAUGUGGCGGUGCAGGUCAACCCGAAGAGAGACGCCUCGGUGCAGUGCUCCAUCGGCCCGCGGACCCUCUUGGCUAUGAAGCGAGAUUUCCGGCGCAAGGGGAAGCCGGAGGGCGCGACGCCCGGCGACAGCGGCAGACCCAAAGCGGCCAGCGGUGUGCGUUACCCCCGCACCCUCGCCGUGUACUCACCCGUCGCCUACAGAAGCGUCACCUCGUUUCUGGGCGAAGACGACGAAAAUAAUAACAACAAUAACAACAACAACAACAACAACAACAACAAGGCGGCUUCCUGUGGUGAGACGCCCGGUGACCCGCCGGAGUCUGCGGGGAAAGGUGACGGGAAGGAGAGCGUAGACGACCAGGCAAGAGAGGAUGAUAAGACCGCAAAGGUCCUGGAACAGCGCAAAAAACCCAAAUCCAAACAACCGGUGACGAGUGAAGACACGCAGUCAACUACAGAGGGGUCAAAGGGCAAGGCGCGCGUGCGGUUCCAGUUUCUGGAGCAGAAGUACGGCUAUUAUCACUGCAGAGAAUGCAACCUGCGAUGGGAGAGUGCCUAUGUGUGGUGUGUUCAGGGCACCAACAAGGUUUACUUCAAACAGUACUGUAGGAAAUGCCAAAAGGAGUUCAACCCAUACCGUGUUGAAGACAUCACAUGUCAUACGUGCAACAAAGCGCGCUGUUCAUGUGCAGUAACACAACGUCACGUUGACCCCAAACGGCCCCACAGACAGGACUUGUGUGGCAGGUGCAAAGGCAAGCGACUCUCCUGUGACAGCACUUUCAGCUUCAAAUACAUCAUCUAAGGAAGCAUCUCAACUGAACUUUGCCCUGUAUGACAUCAGUACAAGUCCUGUGGGGAGGGAUUCCUCCACCCAGUGCCAUAUUAUUUGCAGAUGCAAUAAUGGCAUCUUGGAUGCAAACCAUAUAUUGUUUCAAUACUUUAUUUCAUGCUUGUUUUGUGUUUGAAACUGAUGGUAUGAACCACUCACUUCAUGAUGUAAUAAAUGGCUACCUUGCACUCUGUA